GGGUUUGCUGACGCUACACUUGCUUUGGAUGCCAUGAGGAGAGUUCUCUGAAGGUGCUAUUGAGCGGCGGCCAGCUUCUUCGUGAGCUCGAACUACUCCAGCGUACUGACAGCCUCCGUGGGGCAUCAGUGAAUUCCAGACCCAGCCAGCAAGUGGCGGUGAGGGUGGAGUUCCUGUUGGAGUCUCUGCAAGACCGCAGGAGGACAAUGGAGGAGGUGCUCAGACAGCGACUCAGGCCACAGGAGCAUGACAUCACAGUCAGCUCAGAUAUAAGGCCUGAUUUCGGAUUUAAUGCAGAACAAAGCGGAAUGCAGCGAAACCUUUCUACUCUCGAAUGUGAAAGCAGUCUAGAUCCCAAGCCUGGUUUUAGUCCUGAUCCAAAUACUGAGUAUAGAUUCAAUAUGAGGCUACCAUCUCAAUCAGAUAUGAAGUAUGAGGCUGAAGCCAGAGGAGCAAACCCUUAUCCAAAACCUGAAAUCCAAUCCAAUACUGAAUCAAAAUCUGUUCUGAAUCUAGAGUCAUGUGACCCAAAUACUAAAUCCAAGUCAUACCAGAAGCUUGCGUCCACAUUGGAUGAGACCAGAAACCACAUACCAGAUCUGUACAGAUCAGUUGUAAGUCCGAAAUCUGAUCCAGGUGAUGUCAGAGACCUGAAGCAGGUACUAGAAUCAAAGGUCUCGUCUCUUAUACAGCGACAUCAGAAAGUCUUGGAAAAGGAAAGUUUGACAUCUAUCAGUGGGAGGAGGCCAGACCUGCAGAAGUGUUUAGGAAACAGGGGGGGACAGAACAACAUGCACAGCGAUGCCCACCACACUCUUCCGACCAAUUACAAUCAACCACUGCUGCUGAUGUGUCAACAACUGCUCGACAAGGUGUCCAAAUGGGUGGAACAAAGUAGCCUAUUGUUGUCAAAGCAUCGGGAAAUGGGACCUCAGCUGUGGGAGGCAGAGGACCUUCUGGACCAACACCUUCUGUUGUGCACACAGGCUGAGUCUGCCGGUCAUAACGCCAACAAAGUAAUGCAGAUCCUACAACGUCUGCAAGUUCCGUGUACAGGGUCCCAAAACAUAAUUGGACUAGAAGCGCCCAAUGGACGUAUCUCUCAUUUGGCCCGCUUGAAGUAUUUGACCGAGCAGUUGAAAUGUGGAGACAGAACCAGGACAGUCACCGAACUCCAGCUAGCUGCUCGGGUCUCCACAGUCUUAGACGCGAUGAAAAAGCUGAACAAGAUUGUUGAGUGUAACGUGCGUGUGCUACAAGGCUAUGUGUCCUUCCUCAAGGCGGCGCAGCAGCUGGAAGAAGACAUUAAGAUCCACAGGCACACACUGGAAGGCAAGAAAGAGGGGGAAGAUAUUAUUAUCAAGGCCGGAACUUCCUGGUUGGAAACCAUGCAAAGGGUCGUCACAAUCCAGAAAGAAGCCAGCGAGUUCAUAAGCAACAUUGCCAAGGCAUCGACAUCAGGCUUGAACCUGCAGUCUGUGGUGACGGCGGUGCAGCAGUUGUCAGAGCGACUUGGCAAAAGUCAACAGGAAGUUGCCGACCUGCAUAGUCAACUUGAAAUCAAUAACAGGCAGGAGGAAGAGGACACAAAGUCCUGCAGGAAGUACCAGGAGAGACUUUGUGAGGCUGUGCGGGACUUGAAGGAGGUCUUGAAGCUGUUGGACUCCUGCACUCAAGUGGAUCUGGGCUUCCACGAGCAGACCUUGAGGCUACAGCAGCAAUUUGGACUCGCUAAACCCUAUUUUGCUAGACUGGACGAGCAGGCCCAGAUCCUGCUGAAAAACUGGGAUGCCCUGACACCAGUCCAGAACCGCUUGCUGCAGGAAGUGUCAGAGCUACGUGUUUUGCGUGUCAAAGUAAAUGAGAAAAUCCAAAAGAGUCAGCACAUCUUGGACUUGAGCAACAACUUUCACCUGCUGGUCAAACAGCUGGAGAUGCUCCUCCAGUUAGACCCUGCUGGACUUUUACGCACUGCUUUGAGUACGUAUGAGGAGACAUGCCAGCAGAUUCAUCAACUGCUGACGAAAGCUUUCUGGGUGAAAAAGGAAAUUGGUGAACUGAUCAGUGACAAUGCUCUAACCAAAUUCCGAGGAGAGCAGCUGGAUCACGGCGCAGCAUCUCUAUACACUCAAAGUGCAUUGUGGCUAAGCAAAGUGUCUUCAAGUGACCACGCGCUCAUGCGUGACCUCCAGCAGGUGAGGUCUAAGUUGGAGGUCAGCAAACCUUUCGGCAGCCAGAAAGCGGCCCACGACAGGAAGAACGAGCAAAAGCAGCGUGAUGAGCGGAACCAGGUCGACUCGUCCUGCCUGAAAGUAAAGAGUGAUGAAGAAGACACAAAGAAGGAAGAGAAGAGUCAGAUGGACAACCUCAUCAUACAGGACAUGAGCGAGCUAAAGGAGACAGGCCACACCCCAGAACUGACCGUUGAGCAGGAUAAGAAAGAAGCGACCUGGCUAACUGACACUAGUAUGAAACUCUCAUCACCGAAGAUGGAUAAUUCUCAGAGCAGGAGCCAGUCAAGUGGUGAGAAGAAGUAUGGUGCCUCCUCCCACUGUUCCACCCACACCUUCAGGAUGUCCUGUUCCCCAGUAGAGGUCGGACGCAAGGUCUACGUCAUCCACAGGCAACUUAACGCCACGUCCACUUUGAGUGCAUCAGUUCAGGAGGAACCUCCAAGUGUCCCGUUGGCAGCGGAACUCCAGCAACAGGACGUGGUGUCAGAGAGUUUUCUGUCCAGUGACGAUGAGUACGAGUGUGGCUCAUUUGACGAUAUUUCCCUCCCAUCAUUGGCAGAGACGCCAGAGUCCAUCAUUUUUCAGGACGAUGUUGAGGAACAUUGUUGUUUGAGCUCCCACAGUACCCAAAAUAAGUCCAAUAACCAAAACGAGUGCAAGGACCAGCCAGAGAGACAAGAGACUGGACUUGCUACCGGUGAAGCCCAGCAACAUAAAGAGUCCACUGAGACAGAUAAUUUUUUUUCUGCCCUUGCUGGUCUUCACAGUGAUACAAGGGAGAUAUUAAUGUCCAGUCAUCUGUCUCCUGAUCCAUGUCAGCCAAUCAACGCAGAGAAUGAAAAGACAUGCAGAGCCAGCAUUCAGCAUUCAGCAUUGGAAAAGAGCAGCUCUUCACAUAGUCAUCAUUUUAGUCAGAAUAAACCAGAUCAGAGAAGUCCAAAUAGUGAGGCUCAGCUCAUCCAAACGAUCUUUCAAAAAGCUGAUCUCAGUGGUCAAACUCCUAGCUUUUGUCCUACAUCCUCUCAAAGUUCAGACAUUGAUCUCUACGAGAACAUGACACCUCAGGAAUGCAAAGAGAUCCCUCAAUCUUCAAGGACCUUCCCUCAGAACCCAUGUGGUGCACGACUCCGAGACUCCUUCGAAGAUGAGAAGAAAAACACUCCAGUUAUGAGCCCUGAUUCUUCAUCAAAAUUGAUUACAGUCAAGAACACAAUCUACAACCUCAAAUCGUCCACAAGAAGCAGUUUUACUUCAUCUAAAGAUGAUGCAAUGCCACAGAUCGGUUCAGACCCUCUGAACUUUCUCCAAAACGACACGAUUCCAUCCUUUGCUACUAGUCCACGAUCUUUUAAAACAAUGACAAAUGUAGUUCAGCCUCAAAUGCUUGUUAGCUGUUCCUCCAGCGAGUGUGAAAGAUCGCUUUCUCAGGAUGGACCAAAAGUUUUUGAGGCAACCAGACCUCCAGAGUCACAUGACAGUGGUAGUACCAGCAGCAAGCAGUGCGUGCAUGCUUAUGGUAUGAGCCCCAGCAGCUCCACACCCCCUGCUGUUGCUGCUCUGACAAAAGUAUUAACGCUAAAAGCUAGCCUACAUGCCACCCCUCCUUCCCCACAAUGCCAUGAAUUAACCCUUAAGGAAGACCAGGAAUUUUGUGAGCCUGUGGCAAUCCGUGAGGAGAUCAAAAUUACUCCUCAGAUCGUAGGACCGCCCCUUUCUGCGCCACCCCAUUCCCAGACAGAGACGGAGCCCCUCCAACAAGCCCUGCAGCCUGGUCCGCUCCACUUAAGCAUACCACUGUCGAGAGCUGCUGUCAUGGGGGGUGUCCCCGUGAAUUUGGAGUUGGCGGUGACUGAACACCCAGAGCCCAAAGUCACCUGGUUUACAGAUGGCCGACAGAGUGUAGCCGACCACAAGAAAGAUGGCAAAGAGGUUGAAGAUCGCUGGCUGCUGGUUGCAGUUGCUGACAUCAUCAGUGGCGAGAUGACCACCUGCUUUGGAACCUUCUGUAUUCUUCUCUGGCUCCUCAUACUACUACUACUACUACUACUACUACUACUGUGACAUUACAACAGUUCCUCUCCA